AUAUAAGUCAGUCAGAAUUACGCUCAGUCAGUUCCAAUUAGCGGGGACGCAAGACCAAAAGGAUGUUCAAAUCUUUCGCAGUGGUUGCUCUUUUGGCCGCGGUUGUUUCCGCCAGUCCCCUGCUUUCCGCAAAGAUUGGCGGAUUUCCGACGGCGCAUCAUCUACCCGGUAGAAUAAUAAAUGGAUCGGAAAUAUCAAUAGAGGAAUACCCUUACCAAAUAAGUCUAAUCCUGAAGGGAGAGGGUCAUUUGUGCGGUGGCAGCAUAAUAUCAAAAAAAUGGGUGUUAACAGCAGCCCAUUGCGUCGUUGGUACAAAGCCGAGUGACUUUGUUGUCAUUUCUGGUAUGACGGACAUGUCGAAGGGUGGUACGAAUCAUCGCAUUGCCAAACUGCUUCCUCACGAAAGUUUUCGGUUCAAUAGUGAUGGUAUCAUGAUAAACGAUAUUGCCCUCGUUCAAGUUAUCGAUCCGUUUGAAUUCGGGGAUAAGUGUCGAGCUAUAUCGCUCUUUGCCAUGAACGAAAAAUCGACAGUUGGGUCAGUGGGCACAGUGACCGGGUGGGGUCUGGAUGCGAAUGGAGAAUAUCCCGACAUUCUCAACAAAGUUGAAAUACCGGUCAUUUCGAAAGAAAAAUGUAACCGCAUGUACCAGGAAAUCGGUGGAAUCGAGGCAGGUCAAAUGUGCGCCGCUUACGAAGAUGGCAUGCGGGAUUCGUGUACAGGUGACUCCGGUGGUCCAUUCGCCAUUUACGGACGUCUUGCUGGAGUCGUUUCAUGGGGUCGUAAAUGUGCCUUGGCUAAAUAUCCCGGUGUCUACACAGAGGUUGCUUCUUAUCGCGAUUGGAUUAGGAUCAACUCUGGGGUUUGAGUCUGCGUUUUAAAAAUCAGCGAUUAUUCGAGUUUGUAAAUAAAGAGGCUCUAAAUACUAUUUAAAGCUCCAUUAGCGAA